AUGGACUCCUCCGACUCCGACAAGGUGCAAUCCACCUUCUCUCUCUUUCGUCUUGUCCGUGACCAAGCCCGUAUCAGUCCAGAGGUUCUGGCCCAUCGCUAUGAGGGCUCGGGUACAACAGACGACCCCUACCUGGUCAUCUGGAUACCCGAAGAUGCUGGCAACCCUCUGAACUGGUCCGCAUUCUUCAAGUGGAUUGUGACUGCGAUUGUUGCAUUGUCAUGUUUCGCUACUGCCUUUGCUUCCAGUGCUUUCAGCGGAGGAAUUCGUGAAUUGGUAUACGGCUUCCAUGCUUCGACAGAGCUCAUCACCGCCGGCGUCUCUCUCUUUGUUCUUGGUUUCGCUCUAGGUCCUCUCGUGUGGGCACCCCUGAGUGAGACCAUCGGUCGUCAAAAAGUCUUCUUUAUGACAUUCGCGUUCUUCAGCGCCUUCCUUGCUGGCUGUGCUGGAGUCAACAACAUCGGUAGUCUCCUCGUUCUGAGAUUUUUCGCUGGCUCAUUUGGUUCUUCGCCCUUUACAAAUGCUGGAGGCGUUAUCUCGGAUAUUUUCUCGGCUCAAGAGCGCGGUCGUGCUAUCACUAUCUUCAGUCUGGCGCCUUGCCUCGGUCCUGCCAUUGGACCCCUUGUUGGUGGCUUCCUAGGCGAGAACGAAGGCUGGCGUUGGGUACAAGGCUUGCUAGCCAUUUUUGCUGGUAUUCUGUGGAUUCUUGGCUCUUGCAUCGUGCCUGAAACCUACGCGCCGGUUUUGCUCAGACGUCGUGCGGAAGCACUUUCCAAGAGAACCGGUAUGGUCUACCAGACCAAGUUCGAUGCCGAAAGAGGCCCCGUCUCGGCUAAGCAGAUGGUUUCAACUGUUCUCAUCCGCCCUUGGAUCUUGCUCUUCACUGAGCCCAUCGUUCUGCUUCUGUCCAUCUACAUCGCCAUCAUCUAUGGAACUCUUUACUUGCUCUUUGCUGCAUUCCCCAUCGUGUUCCAGGUCCACCGUGGCUGGAGUGAGGGUGUGGGUGGUCUGGCUUUCUUGGGUGUCGCUGUUGGUAUGUUUGGUGCCAUUUGCUUUUCCCUCUACUCGCAAAGAUGGUACACGGCAUCGGCAGCCAAGCAUGGUGGUUUCGCUCCUCCCGAAUCACGUCUUAUCAUCGGCAUGGUCGGUGCUGUCGCUUUGCCCAUCGGCAUGUUCUGGUUCGCUUGGACAGACGGCCCUUCUGUCCACUGGAUUUCACCCAUCAUGGCUGGUGCACCAUUCGGCUUCGGAUUGACCACCGUCUUCCUCUCCGUGACAAACUACCUCAUCGACGCCUAUGUCAUCUACGCCGCAUCCGUCCUCGCCGCGAACACCGUUCUUCGUUCCCUCUUCGGUGCCGCAUUCCCUCUCUUCACACGAUACAUGUUCGACCGACUGGGUAUUCACUGGGCCUCAUCCAUCCCCGCCUUCCUUGCUCUUGUUUGCGUGCCUCUACCUUUCAUCUUCUAUAAGUUCGGCGCAAGCAUCAGAGCUAGAUGCAAGUACGCCUCUGCUGCCGAGCAGGCCGUCAAGAUGUUCCUUGCAAAGGCUGCAGCAACAACUGUGACCGAAGUAGGAAGCAACUCGGGCAGUGACGAUGACGUGGAUAUUGAGAAGACUGCUGAAGUCAAGGACCCAUUGGAGCUUACAAGAGCCAAGACCAACGAUACUGUCAAGGAUGCUGCUGCGAUUUACGAGGCCGGCCCUUACGACAUCGAUCGCGUCAACACUAAAAACUCGGUUUCGGGUCUUUGA